CCCCAGUCCUUUCCUGCUUCGGUGUCUCUGCUGCAAGAGCUGAAUCGCAGCCCCCUCCUGGGAUCUGGAUUUGCUAGAGCUUCUCAUUUAGACGGACAGAACUUGGCAGAAGACCAAAGGGUUACUUCUGAUCUCUCAGAGGCUUCCUGAGAGCACAGAUGGAUGAGCGAGACUCAGCUGGCCCUGGAACAGGAAGAGGCCAUGCAAGCCAAACUGGGAGCACUGGGGGAUUCUGGGAAAACUCUGUGCAGAAGAUCCUGGGUGAGGUGGACACCCUCUGCUCAGAGGUGCAGAGCCAGCAGUUGAGGCAGUUCUGCUGCCAGGAGGCCAAAGGACCCCGAGAGGUUUGCAGCCGACUCUACCACCUUGACCAUCAGUGGCUGAAGCCAGAAAGGCACACGAAAGCUGAGAUGUUGGACCUGGUGAUCUUGGAGCAGUUCCUGGCUGUCCUUCCCCCGGAGAUGGAGAGCUGGGUGAGGGACUGUGGAGCGGAGACCAGUUCCCAGGCGAUAGCCCUGGCCGAAGGUUUCCUCCUGAGUCAGGCAGAGGAGAGAAAGCAGGGAAAGGAUCUCUUUGCAGAAAUGGACCUGGAUUCCUGUGAGGCAGAGAGGCCUCCGUUGGACACCAGAGAGAGGCCACUGGGUAAGGAGGAAGGUGGGUUUUCUCCAUUUGGUCUCGUUCUGUUGGUUUUCCAACUCAUCUGAGGGUUCUUUUCAUCUUGUUUUGGGGGGGAGACAGUUGGGAACAAGGGUCCAGAAGAGGGGAGAUGUAUUUUUUCACAACAAACAUAUGAAAUGGGCACAAACGUCCAAAUACUCUCA